AGGUCUCGUCACUGAUCACCUCGUGCGUAACACGAUUCCGUAGCACACACACACACACACAUACGCGCGCGCGCGCGUCUCCCUGAAUUGCUUACCGCGUCAGUGUGUACUUCCUUUUUAUCGCGUUUACGGCCGGGAAAAGAAAAGAACAAAAAAAGGAACGGCGAUCUCGGAUUGCCGCGGACACGCGUGAAUAUAUAUAUAUAUAUAUGUACAUAUAUAUAUAUAUAUCUCGAAUCGCGCGAGAUCACAUAUAUUACAUAAAGACUGAGACGAAAAAAAUCGUCUUAUAUUUCUAAUAAACGAGCAGCAGGGUCUCGUUCCUGCAUAGCACGUCUCCGAGUCCGCGCGUGUCGCUUCCUUCGUCCUUGUUUCUCCCUUUGGCGGCGUCGAGCGAGAUACGUUUGUGCGCAACGUAGAGCCCCUCGGACGCGCGCUCGCGCAGAGAAAUGUGCGUCGCCGCGUGUAUCUCUCAUGUAUACUAAUACAUUCACGAAUAUACGUACCUUUUUGCGGAAGAUGUAUUAGCACGCGCUUUUAUAUAUAUCUUAUACACACGCGCUGGGUGCGCGCGUACCGGAGAUCGUCGACGACGGGGUCCGUUUCUUCUUGAAGAACUCGAGCCGUUGCGCGCCAGCGCAACAAGUUGGAACGAGAAGGAGUAGGUCUGUUUCGCUUCAACUUGUCGAGCUAGCUGAGGAGUCCUUCGAAAGAGAACGGACUUACGGCUUGGCCGAACUCUCUCUCCGACGAAGUUGCGAGCGCGUCGGACGCUCGUGACAAUCGCUCGGAUCGCUGCACCUGCAGGCUCGGUGAUUGGCAACGCUGGUGAUCGGAUCACUAGUGCUGCUGGCGUCUUGGCCGGCGCGGUAAUCGGUUGCGUGAGCGGCCGAAGCGACGAUAUGAUACGAAGAUACAUCGAGCCUUUAUUAUACUCUUGUCUGACCGAUGAGAGCAUAAUGAAGAUAUACCUGCUUUUUUCCUCAUCGUGGUGACGCUCGCCGUGUCUGUGAAGUUUGUCGCAACGGAUUACCGUCCAGGUGGUCGCGUCGACCGUCCUGUGCAAAUUCCCAGGCUUGUCGGAGGCCACAAACCGUCUCGCCCGGUUGAUUCUUAGACCAAUUCAAUUGUCUUCUGUCGUUCUUUCGCCCAGCGAACUCGCUCGGUUUCUUCGUGAUGAAAUGAAGGCGCGUGUUGCUUGACCGCGCGCGCGCGCGCGCGGUUCUUUUCGGACACUUCACACUUCUCAUGAGAAACGAAUGAUCGAUAAUGGACUCGUAGUCGACACGAUAGUCCAUUUAGCCCGAGAACUUUUAGGACAAAGUAAUUAUAUCGUACCAAUCGUAGUGGUAUCGCGCGACAUGAUCGACGAAUGGCCAAUAAGCGCGCGCGCGAGAGAGAGAGAGAGAGUGAGGGGAAGAGAAGGAAAAAGUGGAAGUGUAUUAAUUGUUAAGGACUACGUAUAUAAAUAUAUAAUUCAUAAUGGCGAAUCUGCCCGAACGACUGACGAAGUAGCGCAUAUUAUUAUUACAUAAUAUACGUAUCCACACAAUUCUCACACAAUCUUCUUCUCGCGGACUCGUAGUUUAGCCGAGCUGUUAUCCGAGUGAUCGCGACGCAGCAAUCAUCAGCGACCAUCAUCAUGAAAACUCGGGUAAAAGCACCUUGUUCGAUUACUUCAGGCGACAAGUUUCACGAGAGCGUAGUGUCUAAGACGACGAUUUUUAGCGAACAAGAUAUAUCAAAUUAUGUAUAAAGAUGACGACUGUGUGUGUAUGUGUGCGUACGCAUGUGUGCAUGCGUGAGAGAGAAAGGGAAAGUGUGUAUGCGUGCGUGUUGUGUACUUGCUUACUUGCUUGCGAUAAAGGCUCCCUUGAAUAGCGAGUGCGAACGAUGGAAUGAGAGAAAGAGAGAGAGAGAGAGAGAGAGAGAGAGUGUGUGUGUGUGUGCACGCAUGUGUGCUGUGUAUGUGUGUACGACAUACGAUAUGCGCAUAUAUCUAUUAUAUAUAAAUAUAUACCGUUACGCAUUAAGCGACAGCACGCAGGGAGAAGCAAGAGAACGAGUUAAGUCUAAGAUACGUAGAGGAUAAUUAGACGAGCGUUCAAAGAACAAACGCGCGGUGGGCUCUGUCAUCCACGGAGCCCCGGACACGCGUUCAAUUGUACAGUCUCAAGUUUUUAGUUGUGUUCACUACUGUAUACAGCGGGAUCAAAUUAUAUAUGUGUAUAGAAGAGACGUUGUGUAAUCUGCGUAUUAUAAUAUGCAUCACCAUAUACACACACGUACACACGCGACACACACCGUAAGCUCAGACACACACACACACGCACACAUAUGUACGCGCGUACACGCGACCGACACACACCCGGCGUUUAGCAUAAGCCGCGUGUACGUCCGCGUGUACGUGUAAGGGAAACGCGAGAAGAAACAUCGCACGUAGAGCGAGAAGAGAGAGCGACGAUCGGUCUCGUCAAUGCCACUGGUGUCGAGUUUAGGAUUCACUCGGUCGAUCUGUCGGCUCCUGUUCCCGCGAGGAAACGACGCGCUCAGAUCAGAGUAGUCGAGACCAAGGAAGGAGAGUGAGUUUGAGUAGACAAGGCUCACACUACGUCGAUACUAUCCGAGCGAACAGAGAAUCAAGGGCGAACCGCGAGGACGAGCCGAAGUUUACUCUUUCGAUCUCGUCGACCUGGUCAAAAUUCAUUGCGCCGCGAGACUUUCGGGUUUUCCGAUCGUCGCACGCGGGGCGGAGGUGAAAAA